UUGGUUUGCCCCAUUCGCUGACAGCCCUGCAAGCUAGAAGCAACCAAAAAGAAAAGGGAAAAAAAAAGAAAACACACCUUCAAAAUUACAUUUCCUAUCGAAAUUCGUCUUUUAAAGAAAAAAAAUAAAUAAAUAAAUAAUUAUGGGUGGCUGUUGCUCAAAGGAUUUGGAUGAUAAACGCUCUUGGAGUCCCGAUGAGACCAAAAAUGGGAGUACUACAUCAACGAUAAUAGCUCAGCCCUUGGAUGAUGUGGGCAGUACAGGUGUUUUUACCAUGACCCGUACUACAACAACAACAACAACCACACAACAACAACAACAUAAGACAGUGAGCAGCACAGAUCAAAAUCUAGAGGAAUAGCAGCAAAGCAGUGCGAGAGAGAGAGAACGAGAGAGAGCGUAAAUAAAACAAAGGAUAACAAGAGGAGAGAGGAGAAGGUUCGAGCUUCAUUUAAACACCUCACUUCACCUCUUCAGAAAUAGUCAUUUCAUAUUUUUGUAUUGUUUUUUUUUUUGUUUUUGGCGUGUGUGGAAUGUUCUUUAUUUUUUGUUUUCUUUUUUUGUUCUCCAAAAAUACACGACAUGUGUGUUUGCCGAAGAGUGUUAAAGAGAAAGAGAGUGAGCGAGUGGGAGAGAGUGGAGCAGCAGCAGGAGUUGAAAGCAGGAGAAACAUUUCAUGGCUGUUUUUGUAUGUGCGUGUGUGUGUGUGUGUGAACUUAUGUGUGUGUGCUUGUGUGUAAAUAUUAAUCAAGCUAAACUGUCAAAGACUUAAUUAUAAAUUAUAAAUUGUUCAAGCAUUUUUUUUUAUAAAUAAUAC